AUGUCCACCAAACCAGCAGGAAGAACCAUCUUGGCCUCCACCAUCGCUAAGCCCUUCAUUGAGGAGAUCACCGAGCAAGUGAAGGCCUCAGGCAAGAGUCCCAAGCUCGUUGGCUUCUUGGCCAACGACGACCCUGCUGCCUUGAUGUACGCCAACUGGACGAGCAAGACCUGCGAGUCAUUGGGGUUCGAGUACGAGCUCAUAGAAACUGACAAGAACGAGUUGGAGAGCAAACUCAUCCACGCCAACAACGACGACAACGUGAGCGGUAUAAUGGUCUAUUUCCCUGUGUUUGGCGAUAACCAGGACCAGUACUUGCAGCAAUUGAUCUCCACCGAAAAGGACGUGGAGGGGUUGAAUUUCAUGUACUACCACAACUUGUACCACAACGUGCGGUUUUUGGACCCUCCCCACAACGAGCAGAAGUCGAUCUUGCCCUGCACCCCUUUGGCUAUGGUUAAGAUCUUGGAGUACUUGGGUGUCUACAACAAGCUCUUGCACUACGGCAACCGUUUGUACGGUAAGAAGAUCUUGGUGGUGAACCGUUCUGAGAUCGUGGGAAGGCCUUUGGCGGCCCUUUUGGCCAAUGACGGAGCUACCGUGUACUCCCUCGACAUCAACAACAUCCAGCAGUUCACCAGAGGGGACGACUUGCUGGCCCAGCGUCACAAGGUCAUUGACUUGGACCCAAGCACCCACACUGUCGAAUCGAUAGCUCCUACCUGUGAUGUGAUCAUCACCGGAGUUCCAUCGGAAAACUACAAGUUUCCAACCGAGUAUGUGACCAACGGGACGGUGGUGAUCAACUUCUCCAGUGCCAAGAACUUCAACGAUGACAUCAAGGGAAAGGCUGCGUUGUACGUUCCUUCCAUUGGCAAGGUCACCAUCGCCAUGCUUUUGAGAAACUUGCUCAGACUCAUCGACAACAGAAACAUCAGAAACAAGUCAGUUUCUGAAGAAAAAUAA